AGGGGGAGGGGGCGGGGGCGGCGGCCCCCAGGGGCCGGGCGCCCGGGCUCGGCGCCUGCGCGCGUAGGUUGGCUGCGCGUGUCGAGGGGGUGUGCGUGCUCGCCGGCGCUGCCACGGCGGCCUCCGCCUCUGCGCUGGGCGGCGGCGCGGCCCGCUGGAGGAGGACCUUCCCGGGCGCGUCCCGCAGCGCAAGGUGCGCGGCCUCGGGCCGCGCGGGCCGCGCGGCCGCCGUCGCCGCGGCGGCUCGCGCCGAGGAGUGGCGCCUGGCCCUCCUCCUCGUGAGGGGCGCGCGGCGGCAGGGGCGGCCGCGUGACCCGGCCGGGGUGGGCGCGGCGCUCUGGGCGGUGGCG